AUGAAAUUAUUCCAUUACAUUUCGGUGAUAGCUAUUUUGAUGGCCUACGCAUACAGCCAAGCCAGUACAAAAUGUGGGGUGGAUUCUCCCCCGAGGCCCAUGAUAAUUGAGAGAGUGAUGUCCCCACCAGGCCUCCCUGGUUUAAACAGUGGGGGAGGUAUUUCCUCCUAUAAAAAAAGUUUUCCGACGGAGGACGACGAUCUAACGUCUUAUUUAUUAUUCCCCCAAGCAGUAUGUACGUAUCCAAAUUGUGAGAGAGACUCGUGUUCAUUCACCUUUGAAAAAUCACCAUACCAGGGUUGUGAUACUUCCUGCAAAUGUAUCAACCCCUGUGAUAGCACGAGUUGCAGUCAAGGACAGGUGUGCACUGUUACAAGAGCUACGGACAACGGAUAUGUGGCUAAAUGUGUCACUCCGCCGACAUCAGGAUCGUGCCCGAAAUUGUACUGCAGCGAGCCAGCGUGUGUUUAUGGUUACGUGCUCGAUUCCAAUGGCUGCCAAACAUGUGAAUGCAAACACCCUUGCAAAGAUUUCGGAUGUCGCGCUAAUAGCACCUGUCAGCUCUUACCAUCGGUCAGUAAUCCAAGCACCCUUGAACCAAAAUGUGUCGUUUGCCCCAAACUGACCAGCUGCCCUAAAAUUGGGGUCUGCCCCAAUGGCCUGGCCAAAGACCAGAACGGAUGUGACGUGUGCGAGUGCAAGGGCUGUGAUUGCACUCCAGUUUGCAGCGGCAACUUCUGCCUAGACUACCGGAAGAUGGAUUCGAAGACGGGCUGCCAGACUUGCCCCUGCGAAUCAGUGAACUGUAACGUUAGUGGCGAUGUCGUAUGUCCAAAGAGCUCGUGCCAGACUGGGAGUUGCAAGUACGGCUUGGAACUUGACGACAACGGAUGUUACAUGCAGAACUGCGCUUGUAGGGAUCCUUGUAAGAAACAAAACUGCCAACCAAAUAGUUUCUGCAAGAUGAGCGCGGACGACUGUCCCCCUGGUGCCCUAUGUAGGGACGCCCCCAUGCCCUACUGCGAAGUAUGUCCAAAUCUUUCAAGCUGCACUCUGAACUGCCCAAACGGUCUUCAAAAAGACCCAACCACAAACUGCUCAACCUGUCAGUGCGCUCAAAAUCCCACUAAUACUGGUGGGCAGAAAAGCCAAGGAGAACAAGGGGGGUCCUAUGGCAGUCCCUGUGCUCCCGCCUGUCCGGGAAUGAUUUGCCCCAAUGGGAAGGCUGUUGAUCCCGCUACACCACAUAACUGCUCCGUACCGCUGGCCUCAUGUGACCAGUCCAAGUGUCCGAUGGGGAUCGAACGUGAUCAGUCCGGCUGCCCUAGUGCGACGUGUGGCUGUCAUGACAUAUGCAAGGGCGUUGAAUGUCCUAUGGAUCAGACGUGUGUUGUCACAGAUCAGUGCCCUGAUAACAACGUUGACUGUAGAGAUAGAUUUUUGAGACAAUGCCCACCAAUCAACUGUCAGUCUCCCUGCCGGAUGUUCCUUAACCGGGAUACGAAUUGUUACGAGUGCGAUUGCACUUACGACCUGUGCGCUAACUUUAAAUGUCCGGAAAACCAAAGAUGUCAGAUUCAAACUCAGCCAGAAUGUGAUCCAAUGAAAGCCAACUGUAGAGAUGGACCGAUGAGGAUGUGUGUUGAUAAUAACGACAUAUCAAUGACCACGAAAACCUACUGUCCACCAAUUAACUGCCCUCUCCCGUGUUCGAUUUCGUCAUUAUCACCACCAUCAUCGUCAUCAUCAUCAUCAUCACCGUCUUGUCCGAUUUGCCAAUGUCCAGAUAGCUGUAACGGGGCCAGGUGUAAUGAUAAUGAUGAGUGCGUCAUGGUCUUAACCCAGUACUGUAACAGAGGGGACUGUCCGCGGGUAGCCAGAUGUUUACCAAAGGUUCCUGCGUUCUGUUCACUGGGUCUGAACAAUGGCCAGCCAUGCGGAGUUGCACCCGUCAAUCAGUGGUAUUACAGCAGUGCAACUCAGCAGUGUGAACUAUUUUCAUUUACUGGUUGCAAAGGCAAUGAAAAUAGAUUCCCGACUCUGACGUCAUGUACUUCCGCCUGCGUUCGCUCAUCUUUCAACUGCCAGCCCCUAUCCAACAUCACGUGUCCAAUUCAAACAUGCAAGUUUGGAUACAAACUGGAUGAAAACGGAUGCAAAAUGUGCACGUGUAUCGAUCCGUGCGAGAACUACAUGUGCCCGUACGUCGGCCAACGUUGCAGUCUACAGAGCCAAAUCUGCAUCCAACCCCCGUGCGACCCCACCUUCUACGUGGAGUGUCACUGCCCCACGGACAUCACGUGCCCCCACGGCAGGGUCGGGGAAAGUUGCGAGUGCUAUGACCCAUGCUCGAGCGUCAAAUGUGGGGCAAACCAACUGUGUAGCAUUGUGGAGCAGGGCUGUGAUGAAAAAUAUAUCAGCGAGAAGUGUCAGGCUGUUGGUGUUUGUGUUGAUGGUUUCCUAAAGAGAAACAUGACCAUUAAGAUAAAUGCCAGCUACGAUGAUUACGUUCUAGCAAACCAGGACCAAUACAACAGUAAAAUUACUCAGGAAUUGGCUCUGUACUAUGACGUAGCUCCGUCUAACAUUGCAAUAAUCAAGAACGUGAAAGGCAGUAUAAUAACGACAGCUCAGAUAAUCUUUGAUAAUGGCAAACAAUACGAGGAGGCAGCCAACAAACCUAUUGUUUUUAACAUAACCAUCAACAACACAAUGUUGAGGGCCUCCAUUUCGUCGUCCAAUGAGAUCAAGCCGCAACAAAAUGACGUCAACAACAACAACAACAUUGAAAAUAAUAACGGACUGAGUGAAGGUGACAAGCGAUUGAUCAUCCUCCUCUGUGUACUCAUUCCAGUCGGCAUCAUCAUCACCAUUCCACUAAUUUUCAUCAUUUGUAAAAAAUGCAUGUCACGUGGUAAGUCGUCAUCUUUAUUCGGAGCAUCUCUGACCCAACAUGACUUUUCCGAUACCCUGUCUAGAAUACCAACCUCUGUUAUAGAGCAACAACAGCCAAUCACGAUCAAGCACUCUGACAUGAAGGACCAAUCAGAGAUCGAGAUUAUCGAAGACGCCCUGCCAAGAUGAGAAAGGAGUUGCACGAAAGCUUAAAUUAUAACUAUUAUUAUGGUUUUCAUUAUCAUCAUUAUAGUAAUUAUAAUAAAAAUUAUUAUUAUUAUUAAAAAUAAAUUAAAUUCAUUUUUCUAAUGGAAAUAUGGUUAUUGUAAGACUGACCGCGUCUAAAUUUAUCGUCUGUUUAUUUCUGUUUUUUGUUUGUUGUCUUUUUCAUUAUAUUAUUUUUAGUAAAUUAUUUUGCUUUAAAAUUUAAAGUUUAAAAGUUUUUUCUAUGUUCUAAACAUACAUACACGCACACACACGCACGCACGCACGCACACGCGCACACAUUUUUAUAUAUGUGUACUAUAUAUUUAAUAAAUUUUAUGUUAUAAAAUGCUUAUUAUAUAUAUAUAUAUUUAUUUAUUUAUUUUAUGAUAUAUAUCUAUAUAAAUAUAUAAUAGGUGUAUUUCAUUUUAUAGACAUCUUUAUCGCUAGGUUGUAUUCCUAAUUUUGGAUCAUUUCCUCAACCAACCAACCGACCAGUUAAACUUUAAAUAAAUAGUAUCUAUAUUUACGAGUUAUUUUAACUAAAUUUGAUGUUUUUAAAGAUAUUUCUUUUAAUUUUCACUUGAAAUUUUUAAAAACUCUUACAUGCUGACAAUAUAAUCAAAUGAAAUUCAAUGAAUUUUGCCUCUUUGUUGCUUUAUUUAGUGUUUUAUUUUGAAUUAAUGGAUGUAAAUUGACUUUUAAAACAUUAGUUUUAGAAAAAUUAUCGAUCUGAAAACGUUUUUUUGAACUAUUUUUUAUUUAAUUUGUUCUAUAUAUAUCAAAAUUU